CAUGAUACAGUCAAUUAUUUGAGUAUUUUGUUCGAGGACCAUAAUGAAUGUGGUGCGUAUACCUACAAUACAGUUUCACCAACCGGAUACAUCGAUGAUGCCAGAAUGACGGAAGAAUAUCAGUUCAUCGGAGAAACUGACUAUCUAACUUGCACUCCGGGGCCGAGUGACGAAGCAACGGAACUUAUCGUUAACGUCACAGAACAGGAUGACGAACCGGCUUUCGUAGAUGUGACAUCGUUGGAUGACCUGUCAGAUGUUCAAGAAAACACAAAUGUUUCACAAACGCCAAAAAACCAAACUGUUGAAAGCAGUUUUUAUGUCAAACCUCGCAAAGGUUGUGACAACAGCAAAAUGAGGGUUCCCACUUCUGACGAAAAAACAAAGACGUAUUGUUGCAUGUACUGCUACAAACGCUAUGCAAAGUUAGUGCCACAGCUGCAAGUUGCCCAUAAAAAUGAGAAGGACGUGCAAAAAUUCCGUGAAGCUCCUCCCGGCUCGGAGAAACGCAGACAAAUAAUCGACAAAAUAAGAAAAAAGGGCCAGUUCGAGUCCAAUGAAGUUGAAGCCCUAAACAAGGGCGAACUAGAUACGUGUCGACGUACCAAUCCGAAUCGCCCAAGAGAAGCAGGUGAUUUUACAACGUGUGUAAACUGUCUCGGUGCAUAUGUGCACCUCACUCGACAUUUCAACAAUUGCACACACAAUACAAUGAAGGGCGAGAACGUGGCGAAGGAACUCGGUCUUGCGCUGGAAGGAAGAUGUCAUGUCGACGCCUGCGAUGACUUGCGUGAAAUUGUUUUCCCGAAAAUGCGUCAAAAUGAAACUGUUCGACGGAUCCGUUUCGACUGGCUGAUAAUUGCCUUCGGCAACGACAUGUGUGACAAUUACUCAGCGCAUUAUCAACAGCAAUUGAUCCGUACAAGUCUACGAAAAGCCGGUAAAUUGUUGGUCGCUGCUAUGUCGAGCUCUUCAGAAAUCAGCGAAUUCUCAACUCUUUAUCACGUCAAGCGUUGCAACACAGUGAUCGAUGCUAUACGUAAAGUAGCAGGUUUUGACUUCACGUCGAAGAAAUUCAAAAGUCCUGGCACUGCUUCAACGUUGGUCACGUUGAUCAACGCAAUCGGCGAUCAACUCAUCAUCGAAAGUAUGAAAUUAGAUGAUGAAGUGAAAGAGAGGAAUACGGAACGUUUUUUGAAGGUUUUUCAAAAAGACGCACGAGCAAAAAUCAACAAAAUUGUUUCCGUCCAGCAAGCCAAGGCACGGCGUCAAAGAAACGAAAAUAUCCCCUCAACGGAAGACAUACACAAACUGGCAUCAUUCCUGGAUUGUGAGAGAGAUAAGUGUUUCGACGACCUUUGUAAGGAAUUCUCUUAUCAAAAAUGGCUAUGUUUAGCUGAACUGACCAUCGUAUCGAUCCUCGUGUUCAAUCGCAGAAGAGUCGGAGAAAUGCAGAACAUGGAAUGUGUGGACUUCCGCAGACGGGAAAUGAUAGAAGAUGCAAACAACUGCCACAAAAUACCUGAAGACGUGAAGAAGUUGAUCAAGAGCCGUAUGAUGAUUCGAGGAAAACUUAACAGACCAGUUCCCGUGUUGCUGAAACAUUCGCAUGAUGAAUGCUUAGAUCUCCUGCUCCAUCACCGGGAAAACGUUGGCAUUACAAACCGGAACGAGUUCGUAUUCGCUCUUCCGUCGAAAACAAAAACUAUAAAGACUGUCAGCGCCGGGACUGCUCUGCGGACCUUUUCUAAUUUGUGCGGCGCCCAAAAUCCUAGUAGUCUGAGAGGAACUAAAAUCAGAAAACAUAUGGCCAGCUUCUGCGGAACGCUGAACCUUUGUGACCGGGAUGUCACUAACGUAGCGGCUUAUAUGGGACACGAUGACCAAAUACAUCGUGACAUCUACCGCCAUAACACCCUCGAUCGUCAAGUAACACAAAUGACUAAUUACUUGGAAGCUGCUCAAGGCUAUCGCAUAAUCACAACUAUUGGGAACAUUUCACAAGCCGGUGCUGAGCAAAAUCAUAAGCCGAAGCCGAUUGUCGAUCUGUCGGAUGAGUGCAGCUCCGACGAAGAGUGGGACGAAAGCUCAGACGAAUUUUCCGAUGACGAAGCUGAUGUCGUUACUGUCAAAGCUAGCAAAAAACGAGCAAAGCAACAAGGCAUCCCAACAAUCACUGCCAAAUCGAAUCGUAAAAAUAGCAGAGUCGGUACAGCUGCAACGAACCGGAAGCGACAGUUGUCAGCGCCAAAACGAACAAGGGGCGAAGAGCGAACAAAGGAGAAAAAACGAAAUAGCAAUAAAGUCUCACAAACCGGAACUAAGCCAGGGAAAACGGGCGGAAAGCAAGUAAUUAAUCGAUCCCAGACCAAAACUGCCAAGCUGAUGUCAAAACGCAAAGAAAUUCGAAUCUAGACUACCUCAACCAAAACUGAACCGAAUCAACUGUUGGCAGAAGAAAAAGAAAAAUUGUGAAAUAUAAUCUUCAUGGAAGAACAAUCCGAAAAAUUUGAAUAAAAAUCAUGUGCAUGUACGCCUUGUAAUUGAAUAAUUAAAUUCCGUAAAUAAAACUUAGAAGUGUCUGCCUAUCACUUACAAGUUUCUGCC